UACAUACACGUAAUCGCCGAAAGUUGAAUGUUUUGAGUAAAGAUCGACCGACCGCGUGCAUUUUUGCGAAUUCUUCCGUGCAGUGAUUGCGGAUUAAUAAACCGCACAAAAGAUGAGUGUGGCUAACGGUCUAUUGCGUUUGCAGAAACUGGCCCGACCAUCAUUUGCACUAGCGAGAUGCCUCCAUCCAGCCACCGGUCGGCUAUACCACAGUUCCGGGCGUCUCCAGGAAGUACAUCACAUUCCAGCCACAGCAUCCUGGACACUCCCGCUUAGCCGAUCACUAACAACGAAACCGGCUGAAGACGCGGGCGACAGCGGCUACCAUUCGAUCAUUCGCGAUCAGGAAAAGACUGUGGGCAACAGCGAUAAGCAUGAGUUCCAGGCGGAAACGCGAAUGCUGCUCGACAUUGUGGCCCGUUCACUGUACUCUGACAAAGAAGUGUUUGUCCGGGAACUCGUCUCGAACGCCAGCGAUGCACUGGAAAAGUUCCGCUUUCUCAUUCAAUCUUCAGCGGACGGUAGCGGUGAGUUCGUUGAGGCAGACCGGUCACUCGAGAUCCACAUCGGUACCAACAAGCAGGAACGCCAGCUAACGAUCCAGGACACGGGUAUCGGUAUGACACGCGAGGAACUGAUUGCCCAUCUCGGUACGAUCGCUCGAUCCGGCUCGAAACACUUCAUCGAGCAGCUAAAAGAAAGCGGCAAGGGUACACAGGAGAACGUACAGAACAUUAUCGGCCAAUUCGGAGUGGGUUUCUACUCGGCCUUUAUGGUAGCCGAUCGGGUCGAUGUGUACACCCGAUCGGCGAGAGCCGGUUCGCCGGGUCUUAAGUGGUCAUCGGAUGGUUCGGGAACCUUCGAGGUGCAGGAAGCGGAAAAUGUCGCCGUCGGUACAAAGAUCGUGGUCCACUUGAAGGGUGAUUGCCGGGAGUUUGCUGACGAAGAUCGGAUUCGGGAGGUGAUCCGCAAGUACAGCAACUUUGUCGGUAGCCCGAUCUACCUAAACGGCAAACAGGCGAACCAGAUACAGCCGAUCUGGCUGAUGGAACCGAAACAGGUUACGGCCGAUCAGCACAACGAGUUCUAUCGCUUCGUUGGUAACACCUUCGAUGUGCCACGCUUCACGCUGCACUACAAGACGGACGUACCGCUCAGCAUCCGUGCGCUGCUGUACUUCCCCGAGGGAAAACCCGGCCUGUUCGAGAUGUCCCGUGACACCGACAUCGGAGUGGCACUGUACACGCGCAAAGUAUUGAUACAAUCGAAGACCGAAAAUCUACUACCCAAGUGGUUACGCUUCCUGAAGGGUGUCGUCGAUUCGGAGGACAUUCCGUUGAAUUUAAGCCGUGAACUGCUACAGAACAGUGCCCUGAUUCGGAAGCUCCGUGUAGCGCUCACUAAUCGUGCGCUACGCUUUUUGCAUGACCGCUCGCAAAAGGAACCAGAAAGCUACGAUAAGUUCUACAAGGAUUACGGUCUCUUCCUGAAGGAAGGUAUCGUCACUAGCCAGGAGCAGCAGGAAAAGGAGGAGAUCGCACGAUUGCUACGUUUCGAGACGAGCAAAGAAGCGGGCCGCACCGUUUCACUGCCCGAGUACUGCGAGCGUCAGGCCGAGGGACAGAAAGACAUUUACUAUCUAGCAGCGCCAAACAGAACCCUUGCUGAAGCUUCACCAUACUAUGAGUCACUCAAGAAGCGCGGAAUCGAGGUGCUCUUCUGCUACGAAGCGUACGAUGAGCUGGUGCUAAUGCAGCUGGGUAUGUAUCUGGGCAAGAAUCUGGUUUCGGUGGAAAAAGAAAUGCGCCGUUCGGAUAGCGCCAAGGAUGCGGGAGCUGAUGGGGUGAUUGAAGGAUCGCUGCUACAAACGCAGAUCGAUGAGCUGCUUCCGUGGUUAAAACAACGGCUUGCUGGCAAGGUGUCGACUGUAAAGACCACGACCAAGCUCGACAGCCAUCCGUGUGUAGUGACGGUGGAGGAGAUGGCCGCCGCGAGACAUUUUAUCAAAACACAAAGCCAUAACAUGAGCGAAGAGAAUCGCUACGCGCUUCUCCAGCCACAGUUUGAAAUUAAUGCCAAGCAUCCCAUCAUUAAAAAGCUUCAUAAGCUGACCACUAGCGAUCCAGAGCUGGCAGAACUGUUGGCCAAGCAGCUCUUCUCGAACGCGAUGGUCGGCGCCGGAUUGGUGGACGAUCCACGUAUGCUGCUCACCAGCAUGAACGACCUGCUGCAAAAGGUACUUGAUAAGCACUAGUCGCAGGAGCCCUUGGAGUCUUCUUGAUGGUUACAAUAAAUAAUGAAAUAAUACAUCCAGUUAUGUCGCGAUAGUUUACAAGAUUGUCUUAUUCCAAAUAUAGAGAUUUGAAAUUUUUUUUUACGGGU